GCGGCCGGAGGCGGCCGCCGCGAGCCCAGAACCGCCUGGUCCUGCCGAGAGGAGGCGUCACUCAAGGUUACAGGUGCCCGCGCUGGGGCAGGGCCUGAACCUCACUCCAGUUGGCUGAGCAGAGGAAGGGGCCGGGCCGGGUCCCCGCCCCUCGCGCCCCGGAUGGAUGUGCCCGGCCCCGUGUCCCGGAGGGCGGCGGCGGCGGCGGCCACCAUGCUCCUGCGCACCGCUCGGGUUCCUCGCGAGUGCUGGUUCCUGCCCACAGCGCUGCUCUGCGCCUACGGCUUCUUCGCCAGCCUCCGGCCGUCCGAGCCCUUCCUGACCCCCUACCUGCUGGGGCCGGACAAGAACCUGACGGAGAGGGAGGUUUUCAAUGAAAUUUAUCCAGUAUGGACUUACUCUUACUUGGUGCUGCUGUUUCCUGUGUUCCUUGCCACAGACUACCUCCGUUACAAGCCUGUUAUUCUGCUGCAGGGACUCAGCCUUAUUGUUACAUGGUUCAUGCUGCUCUAUGCCCAGGGACUGCUGGCCAUUCAGUUCUUGGAAUUCUUCUAUGGCAUCGCCACAGCCACUGAAAUUGCCUAUUACUCUUAUAUCUACAGUGUGGUAGGCUUGGGCAUGUACCAGAAAGUUACAAGCUACUGUCGAAGUGCUACCUUGGUGGGCUUCACAGUGGGCUCUGUCCUAGGGCAAAUCCUUGUUUCGGUGGUAGGCUGGUCCCUGUUCAGCCUGAAUGUCAUCUCUCUUACCUGCGUUUCUGUGGCUUUUGCUGUUGCCUGGUUUUUGCCUAUGCCACAGAAGAGCCUCUUCUUUCACCAUGUUCCUUCCUCCGGCCAGGGAGUGAAUGGCAUUAAAGUACAAAAUGGUGGCAUUGUUACUGACUCCUCAGCUGCUAAUCACCUUCCUGGAUGGGAGGACAUUGAGUCAAAAAUACCUCUAAAUUUGGAGGAGCCUCCUAUGGAAGAACCGGAACCAAAGCCAGACCGUCUCCUUGUGUUGAAAGUUCUAUGGAAUGAUUUCUUGAUGUGCUACUCCUCUCGCCCUCUGCUCUGCUGGUCUGUGUGGUGGGCCCUCUCCACCUGUGGCUAUUUUCAAGUCGUGAACUACACACAGGGCCUGUGGGAGAAGGUGAUGCCUUCUCGUUAUGCUGCUGCUAUCUACAAUGGUGGUGUGGAAGCUGUUUCAACUUUACUGGGUGCUAUUGCUGUGUUUGCAGUUGGUUAUAUAAAAAUAUCCUGGUCAACUUGGGGAGAAAUGACAUUAUCUCUGUGUUCUCUCCUGAUUGCUGCUGCAGUGUAUAUCAUGGACACUGUGGGUAACAUUUGGGUGUGCUAUGCAUCCUAUGUUGUCUUCAGAAUCAUCUACAUGUUACUCAUCACAAUAGCAACUUUUCAGAUUGCUGCAAACCUCAGCAUGGAGCGCUAUGCCCUUGUGUUUGGUGUAAACACCUUCAUUGCUCUAGCACUGCAGACUCUGCUCACUCUAAUUGUGGUAGAUGCAAGUGGCCUUGGUUUAGAAAUUACCACUCAGUUUCUGAUCUAUGCCAGUUAUUUUUCACUCAUCGCUGUGAUUUUCCUGGCUAGCGGUGCAGUCAGUGUUGUGAAGAAAUGUAGAAAGCGGGGAGAUCCAGAAUCAAGCUCUCAAGGAACCACCUCAUAAUACACUGCUGAAAGGCUGCUUCUUAUGGCAAGAACUCUGCAAAAGAAUACUGCUUGGAUGUAUUUAAUUUUUUAGACAAAUAUUUAUGAAUGUGCUUUCAUGGCUUCAGAGCAGCCACUCAGCUAAUACCUUGUAUUCCUGGAGUGAUGUGAUACUGUUGUGAGGAGCCUGAAGUGAAAUUUAUUUCAUGGAUAUUUAUGAGAGCUAAUUUCAGGUUGAAUUUUUUUCUAAUUCAAAAGUGGACUUGAUUUUUGGAUACCAAGUAAUCAAGAGCAGUCAAACAGUACAUGGUGUUGUAUACUUGAUUAGCAAGUGAACUUGAUGUAUCUACUUAGCCAAUCCCUUGGCCUGGUGGGACCAGGGCUUCACAGAGACCACAGUAUGUUACAAGCUGUGAUAGAAAUAUGUUCUAUCAGCCCUUGCCUCGUUCAGCUUCAUUCUAAUUUCUGUGUUAUUCAUGUGCAUUUGUGUUUCUACAGAUGAAA